AUGGAUAGUAUUCUGCACUAGGCUCUAAUGCGUUUCGAUAUAGCAGCUAAUGAUGGCAAGGUUAAUGCCGAGUAGGUGAUAAGCAUUCUGCAAAGUCUAAAUUAUAACCCUCAAGAUAUCACGAAAAUAGUGUCUCAGAUUACCGCCGAUAUUGAUGUCAAUUAAUUCAAAGAGUUGCUCACUUAAAAGGAGGAGCCGAAGCAAGAUAGACUGAGCACUUCAUAAAUAAGAUAAAUUGAAGAUGAAUUUCGAUAAGCUGUCAAGUAUGGGAAUGUAGAUAAAGUUCUAUAGUAUUUGAAUAAAUAUCAAAAUUAGAUUGAUCUAGCAAAUAAGAUGGAACCUUAAAAUAGACAAAUUCCAACCUAUGAUGCAGUAUAAGCCCCUGCUGAAUACCAAGCAUAUUUAAUUCUCAAAACACUCUAUGAACAUGGAUCUGAUAUCCAUUACAGAGAUGCUAUGCAAUAAUCUAUUAUGUUUUAUAUAUGUAGAGAUGGAAGAUGUUAAUUAUUCGAUUUCCUUAUUUCUAAAGGGUUGAGUGUUAAUGAAUAGGAUUAGAAUGGUCAGACUCCUAUUUUCUAUGCAGCUAGAGAGAAUAAGGUCGAAAUUCUGCAAAGAUUAAUUUAAAAUGGAGCAAAUGUUAAUCACAGAGAUAAAAUCCUAGAUCAAACAGCUCUGUUUUAUUCAGCAAAAGAAGGUCAAUUUUAAGCAUGUUAACUUUUGAUUGAUGCUGGUUGCAAGAUAAGUCAUCAAGAUGCAACUAAGAAAACAGCUGUUGCUUAUGCUAAAAAAUUUAAUCGAAAAGAAGUCUACGACCUGUUAAUUUUAGGAGCUUAAAGAUAGAAGGACGAGACAAAUUAAAAACGAGAUGAUGGCCAUUCCAAAAUAGAGCAAAAGAUUAAUAGAAAGAAAAAUAAAGACUUACCUAAAUUUUAAUAUAAAAUAAUGCAUAUUGAUGAAAAGGGACUCUCGAAAGAAGUGACUAAUGAGGAUUUUGAGAAGUUUUCUUAAGAAUUCCCUGAAAUUGCUAAACUGUUAAUAAAUCCUGAUGAUACUAUAGACGAGGCCAUGAUUUCAUCCAUCAAGGAAGAUUAGAUGUGGGAUAAAAUAGCGAAGAAAAUACUCAAUCAACUUUGGAAAUUAAAACAAAGUGUAUAUUUUCUAGAGCCAGUUGAUGUUAAUCGAUACUAAAUCCUAGAUUAUUAUGAUAUCGUUAGGAACCCAAUGGAUUUUGGAACUAUUAAAUCAAAAUUAUCAAAUAAUCAAUACAGAUGCUUAAAAGAAUUUCACAUUGAUAUGCUCUUAGUAUUUGACAAUUGUGUACUCUAUAAUGGAAUCCAUUCUGAAGUUGGAUAAGCAGGAAUUAAAGUGAAAUAAGAUUAUUUGUUAAUGUUGGAAUAAAAUGGAAUCAAUAAGAAUUUAUGA